AUGGGGCUAGAUUUGAAGGUGAGUUUUAAAAGAGGAAAUCAUGGAGAUGGGUCUGACUUUGAUGGGCCUGGUCGUGUAUUGGCGCAUGCUUUUGCACCAACUAAUGGAAGGGUUGAUUUCGAUGCAGAUGAGAAUUGGUCGGAUGGACCAGGAGCGGUUCCGAAUGUUAUGGAUUAUGAGUCGGUAGCGGUUCAUGAAAUCGGGCAUCUGCUUGGGUUGAGGCAUAGUGCAGAUCCGAAUGCCUCAAUGUAUGCUACCAUCCGUUCUGGAGUUGUAAAGGGUUUGAAUUCAGAUGAUAUUCAAGGCAUCAAAGUUCUUUAUGGACUUAAUUAA